AUGAGUAGCAUCAACAAGUCACGGACGCAUUUCAUUCCCAAACUGGGUAAGAGGAGGAAAAUCAACCCUAGGAACAGAACACCAAAUGUUCCAAAGCCAUCAGACAAAACUCACGAACAAGAGCACAUAAAUGAUGAAAACACUAAAGAUGCAUCCGGUAGUGCAUUGCCUAAGGAUAUGCAAAAGAAGCCGGAGGUAAAGGCACCAGAAGCAUCGGAAAAACAAACAGAAAAAGAACAUGAUAAGGAUACAACCAACACUAACGGCAACCCAGAAAACUACAAAGGCAAAAUCGCAGUGCCAAACCCAUUGAAGGAGGUUCCAUUUUCAAAACUGGAAUUGGCAAGAAGACCAUCUCUUUCAUCUUCUAUAAUUUCCAGAAGAAAUUCGUCGGUUUCCAGAAGCAGGAGACCAAGUCUAUUUGGGGUACCAUCUGUUAAAGUAGGUGGAAGUAGGAGAUUAUCAUCACUCAAAUCGAGCAACACAACAGUGAAUGUGGGAAAGCAAAAAAGUAGGAGAAGCAGCUCGAAUGUUCUUCCGCCAAUCUUUGGCUCAAGAAGAUCAUCUAUUUCAUCUAUUCGGGGCGGAAUUCCGGAAGUUGCAGCUGUUGAAACCACAGAGCCGGAAUCUGAAACUAAGCCGGUGAAGAUAUCUAUUCCAUCUGCUCCUCCUAAAAGAAGAAGGAGAAGCUCUGCAAUUGCCUCAAGAAGAAGCUCGGUGGCUGCAGAAACACCAAAUGUGAAAAUAUCGGCUUCGCAAAUGGAUAACGUGCUAAAGGAUCUUGAGAAGGUUGACGAAAAUGUGGUCUCGAGAAUUGAAAGCAAUGCUAAACCAGCCAAGGCAGCCGAAAAUAAGCCAGAGAGUGCCAAAAUGCAGGAGUCAAGUUUGGAUGUCGGCAAAGUGAAAAAGGCAAAGAUCGAGGCCAAGAAAGAGAAGGAGCUUGAAUUGACUCCGGCAGAGUUGAAAAAGGGAGAGAAAUACUAUCUCGACAGAAAGAAGAACCGGAUUCGCAAGUUAAAGCUUUCAAAUGGAGGCAGCAGUGCCCCAAUGCUGGAAAAUGAUACGACUGUGAUUGCGGAUGCUUCUCAGCUGAAGGGCCUUACUCACAAGGAUGAUGCCGAAUUACUAGAGAAGUUUGUCUUGGAUGAGAAGAAUUUCACUAUUCGAGAUCUAUGUAAGCCAUUCUUUCCUAUUGGAAAAGUUUCUAAGGAUUAUAAGCUCGCUGUAACGGCUGAUAAGCAACGGAUGAGCGAGAGGGCGGAAAGAAGGCAGAAGAGAUUAAUGGCACGAAAGAUGAGAAUACCGUUUGAAAAAGUGGAGGGAGAAAAAGAGCAAAAGGAAGAAGAGCAGGAGAGAAGGAAGAAGGUGAAGGAAUUCAUGGAUAAGGAGGUGAACGAGUCCGAUAACCACCGAAUGGUGCCCUUAUUAGUCACAAAUGACGAUGGUACAGUUACAUAUAGUCAUGAAUCGACGUAUAUUGAUCGACAUUCUGGUACGAAAAACGAAGGUGCGAUGGAAAGAGUGCUUGAGAACCCUUACGAACAUCUUGUGAACUCUGCAACGUAUUCUAAACGGAGGUUUGCAGAGAGGUGGACAGCACAAGAGACGGCCGAGUUUUAUAGGGCACUAUCGAUGUGGGGGACCGAUUUUGGAUUGAUAUCUAUGCUAUUUCCUUACCGAACGAGGAAGCAGGUGAAAUCGAAAUUUAAUCUUGAAGAAUCGAAGCAUCCGCACCUUAUCGAAUUUGCACUCAUCAGGAAACUUCCGGGUGACAUCGCAGAAUAUUCGGGAAAAAGUGGGAAAACGUAUAAGAGUCUUGACUACUACGAAUCGCAGUUGAAAGACCUUCGUACGAAGCACGAUAAGGAGAUAAAAUCUCUUACAGCGGCAAAGCAAAAGGCUCAAGCAGAGGAUAGAAACAAUGCCAAGAGAAUUUCUUCUAUUCCAACCAAGGUUACUGCAAAAUCCAGAAAAGCUGUGCUUAUGGAAUUCAGGAAAAACGAGGAAGUGGUUGGAAGCAUUCCCCCAAAACAGGCUUAA